CGAGUGCGUGUGGGGGCUACUUGGGAGCAGAGGCUGCAGCCGGAGCCCCAGGCGCGCUCGCUGGCCCCGGAGACCCGGCGUGGAUCCCCAGGAGGCGCCUCUCCUGCUCCGAGCUCGCCCUCUCCUCUCGCGCCGGCUGCAGCUCACCCGGCGCAGGAAGCCGACAGGGCCCCGGGCAGAAGGUGAAACCCCGCGGAAGAAACAUGAGAUUCCCCUGGAAAUCACUCGAGCGGAAGAUGGAAGGGGCCAUUUAAAAUAGAUAGAAGCUGCAGGCCGCAAGACUGGGGCCAGAGGGCUGGCAGUGGAAAACUCUGUUGGGUUGUGAUCUCUCACUGAGAAGUUCCAGGUGCUUUUUUGCUUCCUGCAAAACAAAGGAAGAAAAGGAGAAGACCAUGUCCAUAGCUCUGAAGCAGGUGUUCAACAAGGACAAGACCUUCCGGCCCAAGAGGAAAUUCGAACCUGGCACACAGAGGUUUGAGCUCCACAAACGGGCUCAGGCGUCCCUCAACUCAGGCGUGGACCUGAAGGCGGCGGUGCAGCUGCCCAGUGGGGAGGACCAGAACGACUGGGUGGCCGUGCACGUGGUGGACUUCUUCAAUCGGAUCAACCUCAUCUACGGCACCAUCUGCGAGUUCUGCACCGAGAGGACCUGCCCUGUGAUGUCAGGGGGCCCCAAAUAUGAGUAUCGGUGGCAGGAUGACCUCAAGUACAAGAAGCCGACCGCACUGCCCGCCCCCCAGUACAUGAACCUCCUUAUGGAUUGGAUCGAGGUCCAGAUCAACAACGAAGACAUCUUUCCAACAUGCGUGGGUGUCCCCUUCCCGAAGAACUUCCUCCAGAUCUGCAAGAAGAUCCUGUGCCGCCUCUUCCGGGUCUUCGUGCACGUCUACAUCCACCACUUCGACCGGGUCAUCGUGAUGGGUGCAGAGGCCCACGUCAACACCUGCUACAAACACUUCUAUUACUUCGUCACGGAGAUGAACCUCAUCGACCGCAAGGAGCUGGAGCCCUUGAAGGAGAUGACCAGCCGGAUGUGUCACUAGCGCCCACCCUCCCCUGCGGAAGAAAGAGGGACGCUGCUCUGCUCGCUGCUGGAGGCCCAGGUGGGCGGGAGGCGACCUCGGCUGAGAUGGCGCUCGGACUUCCAGGAGCCGGCGAGGUGGAAACCGGGGUGACUCCCCAGAGACCUGCCCCUCACUUCCUGCGUCUUAACCCUGAGUGCUGCUAGCCUCGCCCUGUGGACCUGGCCGCCCGCGGCGCGAGAGAAGGACCCCCACCCCCUGUCCGCAGGGAGCCUCCGCGCCCACGCUGGGCCGAUUCGGGUUGUGAGACUGAGACACUGUGUGUGCUUCCCCCCCUCUGUCUUGUCCGCCGGCCGACUUUUCUGUGCGUGUUUUCUAAGUCCCGGGUGCAUUCGGAUCUCUGGAUGCCCUGCGAGUCUGUCCAAAACAAGCCUUCCUCCCAUUCGGGUCCCUGCAAACUCCCGCCCUGCUCCUGUGGUCUGACUGUGCGCAGGGCUGUGGGGCUGGAGACCCGAGGUCCCCGGCAGCAUCCACACCUUUUCCCCAACAGGCAGUGUAUCAGGGACACUCCGCGGGGGGCCGUCUCUGCCCCCAGCAGGGUCUGCACACUUACCUGCAGGGAAGAGCCUGGUUUCCGGUCACCUGCUCACCCUGAACCGAAUGUGUUUUAUAACCACGCCCUUCCUUGUUUCUUCCACUCACGAUGUGUUGUCCUGUUUCCCAGAAGAGGGGAGCGGGAGGGAGUUCAAUGACCAGGGAUGGUCCGCAGAAGCCCUGAGCCAGAUUAGUGCCGUGUUUGUUCUUCACUGGGGAGGGAAGCGGGGAGUCGUGGCUGUCGCUGCGUAAUACCAAAUUGCAGCGGAAAAAAACCAAAGUACAAUGGGCUGUUGGUGCCGGGAGCUCAGACUCCGGGGCACUGCCUUGUGACCUUCCCGGCCGGCCCUCUGAGCUUCUGGGCCCGGCCACGCUCGCUUCCUCUCCCUCCACACUCUCCUGCCUCUGCUGUAUUACAUGAUGGCCUGAAGUUCACUUCUGCCCCAAUGAUUGUGCCACAGUGGCCCAGGUAACCGUGGAGCGGCUGCGCCCUUCCUUCUGCCACCCUGCCCGAGUUUUCCAUUCCAGUGGGGAGGAGAGCCGCCCUGUGCAGCUUCCUGCCUGUUGGAACCAGGUGAGUUUCACUUCCCUGAUCCACUCACCACGCAGCGAGGCCCAGAAGCCUGUGACUCGGUGGUAAUUACACUUCCAGUGAGCAUUUGAAUAUGGCUUAAUGGCCGUCGGUGGAGGGAAGUAGACACGAAUGUAUUAGUGCAUUGUAAUGUAGUACCGAUUAAAGGAGAACUAAACCACUCUGGUUUCUGUUUCAUUAUACAUAACGUGGUAAAGCCACUUGGGGCGGCCGCAAGGGCCCAAGAGCGUGAACUCGUUCUUGGUCCAGACCAAGCAAGGGCUGACUGUCUGGGCUCGGUGGCGUUCUGCACGGACCCAGCCCACCCCUGACUUUGCUCUCGUCCACGUUGUCUCAUGGAAUCCAAAUGCCGCUACCUCUCUCCGUAUGGUUGUGCUCUGGUCAGCAAACAUCACUGCCCCUUUAUGUGUGAGAGACCGGCAGAGGUGGUUUAGCUUUGUUUGAAGAUCCAGAGAAACGGGAA